UUGCAAGAUAACGUUCUAUCGAUUAGCUACCCCUACGGGUGAGGUCGAUCGAGAGGGAGCCAAAAAAAAACAAGGGACAGAGCGCGCAGACGGGGCUUUUGCUCUGGCUUGCGUGACCCGGCAAACACCCUCCACGGUAUCGUGUAUUUUGCCGUGGUUCAAAGCUCAAGAUCUCCGUGCUCCACCACAUUCCAAACUACUACUAGUAGGCAUUUCUAUGCCUCAAUGUUAUAUUUUUGUUGAGGGCAUUGCAUCACCUCUAUUUACAGUCUAAUAGCUCUAUAUUGCCUAGCAUGACAAUGGGCAAUACUAGCGAUGAUGAUAUUUCCUUGGCUUCAACUGUGGAGAGCGACCAGGAGUCGGAGUAUGAAGUCGAGACUAUUCUCGCCGAAUAUGAGUUUGAGGACGGUAUAAGGUAUCUUGUGCAGUGGACUGGAUACCCUAUUGAAAGAUGUACUUGGGAGCCCAGACGGUCGUUUGGAGCCGUCCAGAUUCUUCGCGAUUGGGAGACGAAGAAGCAGGACAUCGCGCAAGGGAGGUGCUCAGCGUUCGAUGUAGCCAGUUGGGAGGCCAGGCUCCUCCAGUUGGAGGAGGACAGACAAGAAAGGAAGCGUAAAAGGGCCGCAAAAAGACGAAAAGCUGAGAUUGCGGCCACCAGUCAGGAGGCUAACCCCCCAAAGAAACUUUCGAGUACUGACCGCGCGGGUAAGGACGGAGACUCCGGUCCUACAGCCCCGGAUCCUCCAGAAUCCGGGUCUAGUCGUGAUUACGAACAACUUCAGUCAUCUAGACGUGGACAGCUGUUCUCGCAGGCAUCUAAACCACCUCCCGUGUUGUUCGGCACUAGUCAGGUUGCACCAAAGUCAAUACGGCCAAAAAAGGCCCAUAAUACUACACAUACGCCCAAACCAUACAAGUUAUCUACGCGACGGAGAUAUGAGAAAUCGAAGAACGAUGAACCAGCACCGAAUAUCCGUCAGUUAGAUCUCAGGCGGCCAUCUGACUGGACUUCUCUCUCCCCUAACAAUACAGUUCCGUUUGAGAACUCAAAGCUUACUUCACUUGAUACAAAUGGUGUAGAACAGUAUCAAGUGGAAAAUAACGAGUUCGAGUCCGCUGUUGAUGCUCUUAUUUCAGCUGAGAGUUCUCGGGCGUUGGUUGCUGAGUCCCCCCACUCAAUCUAUCCUUUAGCAACUAAUUCAAAAGCUCAAUCGAGUUCUGAACUUGGACGAACCCCAAGAAGCUCUUACCAGCAUGGUGGAACUGUAAUAUCAGAAAACGGAUGCACUGCGAGUUUCUUCAAAAGGAACCCGCACGCCGACUCGAGAUCCAGUCGCAGUUUCCCCGAUCGUUGGUGGAACUUUAACGAGCUCUUUGUCACCAUGUAUUUCGGGCCAGAGAGAACAGCGAUCGGCCAUACUAGAAUCUGUGGUUUUGAAUAUGGCGCGUUGAAACCUAUAUACAAAACCAAGAAGAAUCACAGGAUUGAAGUGUGGUUCAGGCAUUUAUGUACUUUGGGUGAAUACACAACCCUUUGCGGUCAUAGGCUGAAUCAAAAGUAUGCCAAUGGCUGGGUGGAAGGCUUUGACGAUACUGAGCCAGAAAUUUACAAAGCAGCCGAGAAUCUUCGGCGGAAGAACCUGAUCGCAAUAUGCUAUCUUAGCAAGGGGCAGAACAAUGUACUUUUGGCAUAUCCGCCGCAAUCACCCGACUUUCAUUUUCUCGAUGAUGGAUCGACAUCCCAGCUCGCGCCUCGAUAUCUCAAUCUUGUUCUGAGAAGCUCUUUAGCGCCGAUUUCGCAACUAGGUUUGACCGGCAAGGAAAGCAAUGAGAUUCGGCCGAGGGACCUGGCAAUUGGUGGUCAAUCAAAGGCUGCAAGAGAAAAUGAGUCAAUUAUUACACCUUCCAUUGCUCACAAUAAUAGCGGAUUGAUCAAUGCAAAUCACCCGAAAUCUGCAGUUGACUAUAACAAACCUAUGGCCCCAAAUUCACCUAUGCACAAGAAGAAGUCCAGCGUACAGAUGUCGGCACAGCCCUCGAAUUUCCCGGGACAAGAACUGGAAAACAUAUCAACUGACCCAAUGGACAUCGAUAUUCAGGCCACCGGGCCACCGACGAACGCUCCAGGACUCUUGCACUCGCUUGACCUAAAUAAACCCCUUGAUAUGGAUGAAUUAUUCCGGCGCGCAUUUGACAUGACCUUUGAUGUAUUGUCAAACCCUAGUGGCACCAAGAAAAUGCAACGGGUAGAGAUGUUCUACCUCUGGUUCCCGGGGGACUCGGAGCUCAUUAGGACCGAGAGAGAGUUGAUGAUGACAUUCCUCAAGAAAUACACGAGCCUCGUGUACUCUCAUUGUGUGGAAGAUGACUGGGAAAAAUUCGUUACCACCUGCAAAAAGAAUAUCCAGGGUGUUGUCCUUUUCCACGAGUCAUUCGUUGAUUACCACACAAUCCCUUUGUUCAAAGAGCUUCUGAAGAAGGCCACAGGCUACUGGAAUGUCUCUCUAUCUCAGCCGCUCAAACACGUCGAUGGCCCCCUCCAUUUCCAACGUCUUUUCCCCCAUGGUGGUGUGUUCCUCAUCACUGAAGAUUUCAUGGUUCACGAAUCCCGUGCAACCCUGAUCAUUCUGUACUGGUUUUAUGAAUGGACAAAGAAGAAAUUCCCGGGCAGCUGGAAGAUCAUGUUCCGGCCGGAUAUCCUCCACUGGCUCCUGAAACAGCCUGAGCCUAGCGACAAAUCCAGAGCUGGCAUAUGGCUCACAAUGUACCACCUGAUUGCGCAGCUCGGCGCCUCCUCUUCCACCGACCACGGGAUCCUCCCCGGCGUCGAAGACGCAGACCACGAAAGCAAUGUGAUCUCUCCACCAUCGAUACCCCUCUAUGGUUCCCGCAAGGAAGAUGACAGCCCAGAUAUUCCCAAGGGCUUAAGCCAAGAGUGUAGAAAUACCGACCACCUGGCUGAAUUCUUUGCCGGCUGGGGUCUGGUCAACUCCCACCGGUUCCGUCGCUUUGCCAUGGUGACCACUCUCGAACCCCUUCCUCGAUGGAAGAACUGGGAACAUCUCGAGAUUAGACACGGCGCCAAGGAUUUUAUGUUAACCUACGCGGUGGACUACAAAGGUAUCUGGGCCAAGCUGACGGGGGGAAACUCAAUGCCCAAUUCUAAUCCUAACCCAAGCGCUGCGCAUACACCGUAUACGCCGCGCACGCCUAAGCCGCAUCCUGUUUCGUCAACUUCAACUUCAACUUCCUCAAAGCGAUCUGGCUCGUCUUUGGCCCAGCCGCUUCUUAUAACCCCAGUACAACUGGAAUCAUCGGAGCAAUCCCACCCUCAGCCGUAUCAGUGAAAUGAGCUUUAUGGCGUACUUGUGAAUAUAUUUUGGGAGGGGGGAGGUAUUUAUUUUACUCAAAAUUUAUGGGAAUGGGGCUGUGUAAUGACAUUGUGGACGGACAUCCUAUUUGUUAUGAAUAAUUUUUUAUGAAUAUGUACCUUGGUAGAUGUGGAUAAUAGUCAUCAUUUGGGAUAUCAAUACCAUGACCUAAACCAACAAAGGAGACAAGAAAGCAAAAGGGUCAAACCAGGACCUCAAAAACCUCCCCACACUGUACAUACAAUAAAGGCCGUCAAGAUAGGAAUCA